ACUCCUGGGCCUGUGCUGGGGCCGCCCAGGGGCUCUACUACUUUGGCACUGCAGACCCGGCAGGCAGAGUCCCGGACUAGGCUCUCUCCUCGAGGGCACAAUCGUUGGGCGGAAGCUGGCCGGUUGACCCACAGCGGCCACGGCCAUGCCCACUUGGCCCUGGGGGCUGCUGCUGACCGCGGGCACGCUCACCGCUGCACUGAGCCCAGGGCUGCCGGCCACCGCCGACCCCUGCUAUGAUGAGGCGGGUGAGCCCCGCUGUUGUAUUCCGGGCCUAGUGAAUGCUGCUCUGGGCAGAGAGGUGCUGGCGUCCAGCACGUGCGGGAGGCCGGCCAAUCGCGCCUGCGAUUCUUCGGACCCGCAGCGGGCACACACUGCAGAUCUCCUGACCUCUGCUCCGGGCACUGCAAGUCCUCUCUGUUGGCGCUCCGAUUUGCUGCAACGGGCACCCUACAACGUAACCCUCACGGUGGCCCUGGGGAAGGCUUUUGAGCUGGUCUUCGUGAGCCUGCGCUUCUGCUCAGCUCCCCCAACCUCCGUGGCCCUGCUUAAGUCGCAGGACCAUGGCCGCAGCUGGGUCCCCCUGGGCUUCUUCUCCUCCAGCUGUAGCCUGGACUACGGCCGUCCGCCUGCUCCUGCUGAUGGCCCUGCUGGUCCAGGGCCAGAAGCCCUCUGCUUCCCAGCCCCCCAGGUCCAGCCUGAUGGUGGAGGCCUUCUGGCCUUCAGUGUGCAGGAUGGCAGCCCACAGGGCCUGGAUCUGGACAACAGUCCCGUGCUCCAAGAUUGGGUGACUGCCACAGAUAUUCGCAUAUUACUCACAAGGCCUGCCAUACUGGGGGACACCAGGGACCGGGAGGUCACAGUCCCUUACUCCUACUCAGCCACUGAGCUCCAGGUGGGAGGUCGAUGCAAGUGCAAUGGGCAUGCCUCAAGGUGUCUGUUGGACAGCCAUGGCCAUCUGAUCUGCGACUGCCAGCAUGGUACAGAGGGCCCUGAUUGUAGCCGCUGCAAGCCCUUCUACUGCGACAGGCCAUGGCAGCGGGCUACAGGGCAGGAAGCCCACGCUUGCCUUGCUUGCUCCUGCAACGGCCAUGCCCGAAGAUGCCGCUUCAACAUGGAGCUGUACCGACUGUCCGGCCGCCGCAGUGGGGGUGUGUGCCUCAAUUGCCGGCACAAUACUGCUGGUCGACACUGCCACUACUGCCGGGAGGGCUUCUAUCGUGACCCAGGCCGUGUCCUGAGUGACCGCCGUGCUUGCAGAGCUUGUGAUUGCCAUCCAGUUGGUGCUGCUGGCAAAACCUGUAACCAAACCACAGGCCAGUGUCCCUGUAAGGAUGGUGUUACUGGCCUCACCUGUAACCGAUGUGCCCCAGGCUUCCAGCAGAGCCGUUCUCCUGUGGCGCCCUGUGUUAAGACUCCUGUCCCUGGACCCACUGAAGAAAGCAGUCCUGUGGAGCCACAGGACUGUGAGUCGCAUUGUAGACCUGCGCGUGGCAGUUACCGAAUCAGCCUGAAGAAGUUCUGCAAGAAGGACUAUGCCGUGCAGGUGUCAGUGGGUGCGCGCGGCGAGGCCCGCGGCGCGUGGACACGCUUUCCGGUAGCAGUGCUUGCUGUGUUCCGCAGCGGCGAGGAGCGCGCUCGGCGCGGGAGCAACGCGCUGUGGGUACCAACCCUAGACGCCGCCUGCGGUUGCCCGCGCCUCCUACCCGGCCGGCGUUACUUGCUGCUGGGGGGCGGGCCCGGGGCUGCAGCUGGAAGCACAGCGGGCCGGGGACCCGGACUUAGCGCUGCCCGUGGAAGCCUCGUGCUGCCUUGGAGGGAUGCCUGGACUCGGCGCCUGCGGAGGUUGCAGAGGCGCGAGCGGCGGGGGCGGUGCGGGACCGCUUGAACCUGCGAGCCGGGCGUGGGCUGGGCGGGCACCGCUCUUAUCACUGGGCGUGUUCAUCAGUGCAUUAGCCUGCUGGAAGUGUCACGUGCGUCGCCAUCUAACUUCCCCCUUUCUCCCCAUGCCCGCUUUUAACUUCUUUGGCGACACCCCACCUCCAACAGGGAGGAGUGUGAAGGCCCCUAAGAGCUACCUGGAGACUCCUAGGACAGUCACCCUCAGAGGACCCUGAUCUCAUCACCCUGGCUGCCUACUACAAGGGGUCUCCUGAUAUAUCUUAAAGGUUGAAAACCACCCCACUCCCAGGGGAUGCUAGGAUCCUUCUGGGGUUUGAGCACAUCCCACGGGUCACUGUGAUUCAUCAGCUCUCCGAUGUUGUGAUACACUAGAGUCCUCAGAACUCCCCAAAGCCACUGUUGCCACCAUAGACGCCUGUACACCGCUGUGGGGGUCGUGGUCCAACUGCACAGCCAGGACAGUGACUUCUCCGCCUCCAACCGGGAUCUGCAAAUACUGCGGGCUCCUCCGGUGUAAGGAUGGCUGCCUCUGUCCAACACCGUGGAUCUUGUCCCCGUGUCCAUUCUGGCCUGCCUCUGCCGGUUGCGUAUUUGUGUCCCCAUGCGCAGCUGCAUCUCUGCCUGUUUCCCACCUCUUUCUUGUCCUGUUGUCCCCAUCUCUGGAUCCGUCCAGUUGUCACUCCCUGAAGCAUCUCCUAAUAGUCUUGGCCGCCAAGCUUCUUGGCACAAGUCCCGCCCCUAGCUAGGAGCCCUACACUAUGUUCAAGACUGGACAUCACGAACGGGUAGUUUGGGUCCACAUGUAACCGGGUCAGACGGCGACUUCCACGGGCAGCCAUCGGGGUUCCAGAUGCCCAAGACUUGGCCUAACCCCAGCUGCUAGAGUCCCCACCUCUUU